AUACGUUUUCAUCUGUGAAAUUUAGUUUUAAUUUUAUUUAAUAUAGAGAAUACACAAGUGAAAUUAUAUUAAAUAUCAAAAAAAUAAAAAUAGAAAAAUAGACGCAUGGCAUCCAAUAAAUUUGACGUACUCUCCCGUGAAGACAGCAACGAUAGUAGCAGUAAAUCCGACGAAAGUGAAGAAACUGGAGAGAAUGGGGAGGUGGGAUCAGACGAUUCGUCAACGAAAGAAGAUGCAAACAAAUUCAUAUUUCCUGAUGAGCCAGUUGUAGAGAAAGGCGAACAUCGACUGCAGUAUUGUUACUGUCUAUGGUUUUCCAGGAAAAAUCCUGGCAAGCAACAAGUUACAAUGAAAUACGAAGAUAGCAUCAAACUGAUUGGUGCUUUUUCAUCGGCUGAGCAAUUCUGGGCAUAUUAUUCAUACAUGGUCCGACCAGGAGAACUGACUGGCCAUAGCGAUAUUCACUUAUUUAAACAUGGAAUUAGACCGAUGUGGGAGGAUAAAGCAAAUAAAAAUGGUGGUAAAUGGAUAGUCCGACUAAAAAAAGGAUUGGCGUCACGUUGCUGGGAAAACCUAAUAUUAGCAAUGUUAGGCGAGCAAUUCAUGGUUGGACCUGAAGUCUGCGGAGCUGUUGUAUCCUUGAGAUAUCAGGAAGACAUAAUAUCAAUUUGGAAUCGAAAUGCCAGUGAUCAAGCAACUACAUCACGAAUAAGAGACACUUUACGACGAGUUCUUAACCUACCGCAGAAUACAAUUAUGGAAUACAAAGCUCACAUGGCCAGUUUGACAGACCAUUCCAGUUAUCGCAACACAAACGUUUUCGUGAGAUGAUCGUUUCUUUAUGCUCCAUGUUCAAUAUUAUGUUGACUUAUCGAGACAUCUUUGUAUUUGCAUUCAUUACGUUGGAUGAGUUUUUCAGGCACCAUUCUGCUUGUUAUUGAAGAUCUAUAUAUACAACAAA